AUGGCGCUGGAUUUGGGCCUGUGGAUGUCCAUCUGGCACAUUGCAGUCGCAGGUGUGGGUCGCACUGCACCCAAGGUGAUCUCAUGUUACAAGUGUCUGGCCGGCUUAGCACGCAACCCGACCAGGGCGCCGAUGGCUGUGGCCAUGGUUUCUGCGAGGCAUUGCGGGAAGGAUCCUGGUGCAAGACCAAUGGACUUUGCCAAUGGACCGAUGUCCCUUGUGGCUCUUCCUCAUCAGGAGAAGUUUGUCACUCUUUUCGCGGAGCUUCGCAGAGUUGGAGUGAUGCCUUACGAAGCAUGGCAAACAUGGGAGAGGAUUGGUGCUGAACCAACACAUGUCUCGGAGGACUAUUUGAAGAUGAACCAAGCCAUGAUGGCCCGGAGAGACUCCUUGGGGUCCCCCCUCCACAUCACGGUGUCCAUCAAACCGGGCUGGUUGCGUUCCACCAUCGGCAACAGCGUAGCUGCUGAGAAGGUCUUGGACUCUGUGGAUGCCGGGAUGAUGAUGGCCUACAGCAGCCAGGUGGCGACCUCCCUGCAAUGGGGCGAACAAGCCCUGGCCCUGGGGGAAGUGGCGAAAGCCGAUGUUUCGGUGGCCAUCGAAAGCAGUUUCCGCGCGCCGCGUACGGAUUCCUUUUGGGACCUGGCGCAAGAGCCCAUGAAAUUCUUCCAGCUGGUGGUUGACAUGGAUGACCACUACCGGCAGUUUGCUUCCGUGUUUCAAGGAAUGGUGGUGCAUGACUAUGAAGGAUUUUUUAAAGCGAUGUAUGGCGUAGCGGCUACAGCCUACAUGCCAUCACGGGGACCCUCUUGGGAGUGGUAUUGCUCCUAUUUUUGGGUCCCUGGUUGUCCCAUUGGUCCUGUACAUGGACAGCGCAGGCUGCGCGGGAAGAAACGCGUGGUGUUGUGCUCUCCAGCGUUUCAAUUAAUUCGAACAGCCAAGCAGUCACCGCCCGCGGCAAAAGCACAUCCAGCGCCAGCUGGAGCCUUUGAACUUUGGGAACUUUUGAAACUUUUGGAACAAAGGAGUUCCCUGAAAAUCAGCGAUGCACCACCUUGCAGCCGAUGUUUUUGGUGUUUGGUGGCAGCAUUUAUGGCACAGGGAAUCAUCACAGUUGCCCGUUUCCGUUGGCCCCAGCUGACAGACAUAGGAAAAUGCAACAGCUUUUCAACCUCUGCGCGAAUCCCUGCUGCGGGAACCCAAAGAGUUGGUGAGCUGUGGCAAGUGCAACAGUAUCAACUCGGUGUGGGAGCUCUGAACCCCGUGCCUUUUGGACUGGACCUCUUCAAAUGCUACAGCUGUGGCGUUUCCGUGGUCAUCAGCCGUGAGUCAUCCUCAUCAUGUGCUGCGGCAUCCCCAACGGCCUUGUAUUUGGAUUCCAUGCAGGGUCAAGAAGGGGGCAGCAGCUCAUCGAAAGGCAAAAAGAGCGAGGCUGAGAAGGCCUCGGGAUCCUCGUUUCGGGGCUUUUUCGAUCGGCUCCAGAGGCAGGUGGACAAGACCCUGCAGAAGGUGGAACAGUCCCUCUUUGACGCUUCUGCUCCCGCUCCACCAGUGGGAAGCGCAGACAAGCUGCCAGUUGGUGAAAGGCCAAACAGUGAGGUCCUCAAGAGGACGGAAGCUGGCGGCUAUCCCAAGUCCACCGAUGCGUCCGUGGGCGACCCGCAAGGUCAGCUGAAAGCCGCUGAGGACAAGGCCCUACGCCUUGAGCAGCUCCUUGAGGCUGCCACGGCCCGGGAGGCCGUCUCCUCAUCAGAGCGGCGAGUGCUGCGGAAGCAGCUGGACGAAACUGAACAGCUGGUCUCGGGCCUCUCGCAACAACUGGACAGUGUUCAGUCGGAGGCGGCCGAGCAGCGAAGGCAAUGCGAGGCUCUGGAAAAAGCUCUGGAAGAGGCGACUCAGCCACAGGACAGAGGGACAGAAGAGUUGCAAAAGCGAAUUGCAGAGCUUGAGGCAGAGCUUCAGUCUUUGCGGCACUUGGGAGUCAAGGCUGCGCCGGCGCCCUUGGAAGCCCUGAGUGGGGCCUAG